AUGCCAGCGCCGUCGGUGGCUGCUGCGCCCACAGACGGGCCAGUGCUGGGCACGCGCAUCCUACAGUCGGAGGCUUGCGCCGACGCUCAGUUCGUGAUUGCCGCUCUGCUGCCCCCGCGCGACGCCGCAGCGCUGUCGGGCGUGAACAAGGACUACUACUUCAUCGCGCGCAGUCCGCUAAUUUGGGCGUCGCACGUGCAGCACAUUCGCAAGACGAACCCGGAGGUGCAGGCUCCGUUGGCGGUGUACGAUGACCCGUACGAGGAGUACAAGGGACUUCGUGCUGCGGGAGAGAGGCACUCGGCCGAGGAGCUGGUCUCGCACGUCAAGUCUUUCAAGGAGAAGGAGCUGCUGCUCUUACGAACCUUCGGCACCGUGACGGAGCCGGGGACGGAGAGUGCCACUUUCGAGCCAAACGGCCCGAUCUCGCUGCCUGUCCCGGCACAGCUCGCGCUGGAGCUGCUUUUCGCGCUGGACAACGUGCCGUCUUCAAAGGCGGCACCAGUCACGGGGGACGUGUACGCAAAGGUUGCGAGUAUUCUGAGCGUUAACAAAACAUCGCUCCGGAACUUGCGCGAUAAGACGGUCGGCAACACGCGCCGUCCCCUCGACCUCGCCCGACGGCUGGCUGCGCCGUUCGGCGCGCCGGCGGAGGAGGGGGGCAGCAAGCGAGGUCGGAGGGCCGGAAAGGCGCGCAAGGCGGCUGCGCCAGCGCUCGACGGCGCGACGGUGGGCCCGGCGCCUGAUCCGGAGCGGCGACCGCUACCUCCGGUCGCGCUCCCUCGGGGCGGCGCAGAGAGGUUGCAGCAGCGGAACGUCGCGCUUGUGGCUCGCAUGGACGCGGAGGCGGAGGCGCACGCGGCUACAGCCACGUCUCUGCGCGUCGAGCAGCGCGCGCGAGCGCAGCUCACGGCGGAGGUGCAGAGAUUGCGAGAGCGUCUGCAGGAUGCGGCACACGUGUCGGACCAGCAACGUCUGGCGGCGAACGCUCGCAUCGACACGCUGAACGGCACCAUCCAGAGGAUGCAGGCGCAGGCGGAGCGGCUGAGGCUGGCUGCCGCGUCCGCGCGCGCCGCGGAGCAAGCGGCUCGUGAGGGGCGCGGCGAGGCGCAGUUGCGUGCGUUCCUUGGCCAAGAGCAUCAACGGCGCUUGGCGGCCGAGCGGCGCGUGGAUGAGCUGGCUCAACUGCUGGCCGCCUCCGAGUGGCGCGGGAGCCUGGCCGAGCAGGCGUGCCUGGCCGCCGAGCAGCGAGCAGCGGGCGCGGAGGCCGGGCAAAGGUCGGCGGAGGCCGCGGCGGCCGAAGCGCGGGCGCGGGAGGCCGCAUCUUCGUCUUCGAGGUCGAAGGCUUUAAAGAGGCGGUACGCGGCCGAGGCGCUGGAGCAGAGCCAGACGGGGAAGAUCUCGCCGUCGAAGAGAGCCGUUGUGGCCGCGGUCGUGGGGCGUCCCGAGGUGGGCGACGCCAUCAUGGGCAGCGGCAGCCGUCGGCGACGCCAUGGAGCCGAUUGCAGGAGCAGUCAGCCUGCGGAGAAGGGGCAGUGCGCAGUUGGCAUCGCGAGUGGCGAGAGGCGAGACUGA